GACCAGCCUACCACGAUCUCCUCUCUUCUCUCUCCUCCAUCUCAGACACUGUCCUCUUGUCGCACCACCACCGACGAGCAACCCCAAAUCUGCCCCUUCCACCACCGACGGGCAACCCCAAACCAGACCCUACCACCACCAACGCACCACCACCAUUUCUUCUCUCUGACAAGUGCACGCAUGAAAAAAUUAGGGGUUUUUUUUUCUUCAGAUUUCAUAAAAUUUGGUUUUUUUUUUUUUUUUAGUGGUUGUGAACCUGUUGAGUGAAUAAAUUGCUUUUGGGCGUCGAUUACGUUGAUUGAAAAAAUGUCUUACACAGAUCAUUGGAAGUUUGCUAUCAGCAGGUACCAAAAAACUUUGUCAUCCCUCAUCUUAUCCUCAAAUAGAGAUACCCAUUCCAAGUAGACCGAUUAGGUGAAAAUCUGGAGUUGGCUUAGAUACAUCUUGGGAAGUUUGCUCGUAAUAUCCGCAUGUCUGCCCCUCAGCUGUGAAGUGAUUCACAACCAUAUGCUUUCAUAGAAGCUGAAUUGAAUGGUUCAUGUAAAUGCCUUUUUGAUGACUGUCUUGUACGUAAUUUUAUGCAGCAGGUCUGAUUCAAAUUGUAUAGGGCUGUGAGAAACCAUUAACAAGAGUUGGAUUGGUGGCUACAAUUUAUUCUUCACCAGUUACGUGAUGUUUUAUAGCUUAUCACAUUGAUAGUCAUAUUUCUAAAGGAUGAAGAGAAAGAAAUUAUGCAUCCUUCUUAUGAGUACAUUAAGUUGAUCAUUACUUUGUGGUGAAAUUAAGUCGCAUAGUAAUGAAAACGCAAGGCUGCAACUAACAAAUGGUUACUUUGUUGAAAAGUAGAGCAGUUGGCGAAGAAUAAACUGGUGUUGCUGAAGACCUUCUCAGGUCUCUUCCCGGACCCCUUCUAAUGGAAAAGAACGCAUUUGGUGUCUUUGAUAAAGCCUCAGCUUCCAUGGUGUUUCUGUCGCAUACAAGUGGGGCUGGUCCAGGUCUCAUGAAUGCUGCUACCAAUGGUGCUCUACAAGUAGAAAAGCCAGUUGGCAGAUUUAAGAUAGGGAUGGGGAUACCCUCGAUGAUCACAAGGAGUUUUGAUGGAAAGCAAGUAGCCAUUGAGGGAUCAUGGGAUGACUGGAGGACAAGAGAUUUCCUACAAAAAUCAGGCAAGGACUUCACGAUUAAUGAAGGUGCUCCCAUCAGGUGUUCACCAUAAUCAGUUUAUCGUUGAUGGACAAUGGAGGUACUCUCCGGAGUUGCCACAUGAGCGUGAUGAGUUGGGGAAUAUCUUUCAUGUUCUCGAUCUACAGGUAAAUUCUUACUUUUGAACUAUUUUUCUUUUCAUAAAGAGGAUCUUGUUCUUUACCUCUCUGUUUUGAGUGUUUUCUUGUUGGCAAAAGGGGAUUUGUUUGUUUCGGAACUUGUUCAGUAGUAGAGUACCCGAUAUAUUGAAUUCAUCUAAGCCUUGUACUUACCUUGUUGGAAAAGGGUGACUUGUAUGCUUGAUGAUUUUUGUGAUGUAAUAGGCACCUUGGAAAUUUUGGUUCCUGUUUUGGAAUGGAUAACUCUUGGUAGUUUCCUAUUAA